AUGGUGCUCCUCUUCCUUCCUCGUGCUGGAGUUGCUGGUGAUGGUAGUGAUGGUGAUGAAGGUGGAGGUGGUGGUGGUGGUGGUGGUGGUCGUGCGGCUGCUGCUGCUGCUGCUGCGGAGAAGCGGCGCCAUGACGAGGGCUCGGAAGACUUUUCCAGCAUUGAGGACGAGGAACAGUACCAGGACCUCAUCCGCCUCUUCCCCAGAAGCGAGCUCCUGGGUUCGUUCUUCGCGAUCCCGCUGGGGUUCUACGACCCGGACCGAGCCCGUUGGCUGGUUGCGCAUUUCUAG